AUGGCGUCCUCCGUCGCCCAGAAACGUCUUUUCCAUGAAUACAAGAACCUCUCUACAAACCCACCGGAGGGCAUCACUGCUGGCCCAGUUUCAGAGGAUGACAUGUUCUAUUGGGAAGCCCUGAUCGAGGGCCCCGGAGACACUCCCUUUGAGGGUGGUGUAUUUGCCGCCGAGCUCAAGUUCCCCAAAGAUUAUCCGCUGAGCCCGCCGACCAUGAAAUUCGUCGGAGGUGGAGUGUGGCACCCGAACGUAUACCCCAACGGAACUGUCUGCAUCUCGAUCCUGCACCCGCCUGGUGACGACCCGAACCACUAUGAGCACGCCUCGGAGCGCUGGUCGCCCAUCCAAAGCGUGGAGAAGAUCCUCAUCUCGGUCAUGAGCAUGCUCGCCGAGCCGAACGAUGAGAGUCCUGCCAAUGUUGAGGCAGCCAAGAUGUGGCGCGAGCGACGAUCCGAAUACGAGCAGAAGGUGCGGGAUGAAGUCCGCAAGGGACUGGGACUCUAA